AUGAAGCGCCUACUGGCCUUGAUCCCCGUGUCCCUGGCUGCAGCCUGCCAGUGCGAUCGGUACCGCUGCAGGCCUCACCACCUUCUCUUCAAAGCCGCCACUUUCCUGCGAGGUAUCAGCCUCUUUUCGCAUUUCUGUGCGAGGAUUACUGGGACUGGUGGCGAGGACGAGUACAUCUACGCCCUCGAAGAGAUGCCAGGCGAAGCAGUGAUUGAGCCUGGGCCUCAGGUGAUUGCAAAUACUGCUCCUCGUGCGACGGCAACAUCUGUGAGCCUUGCCCUCAAGUGCAUGUCAGCCUUUCAGUCAGUCAAGCCUUACGACGAGUGCGAAGUGCGAGCCUGGGAAAGAAAUGCCAGCGUUGCCAUUGGCCUUCCCUGCUGCGGCUCUCUGCUCUUCAUUGGGAUUGGAAUUGUCGUUUGGAUGUCGCCGAGCAUCCUGGACCAGGCCGGUGGGUUUGCUCUUGGCGGAUGA